AUGAAUUCGAUGACUGUUGAAACAUGGGCUAAAAUAUGCCAAGAUUUUACAGAAAACAGUGAAACUGGAGCUGCGAGUAUCCAACAGUUCAUAGAAGAUAAGAAUUUCUAUAAGUUUUCAUAUGAUUUAUUAACAAAAGAAUUGGAAGAACAUCAGUUAGUUAUUUUAUUACAAGCCAUUCAAGCCAAGAUACAAAAAGGAUGGGAUCCAAAUGAUGCUGCAUCGAAAACAUUCAAAAACAACUUUUUCAAUUUUUGUAUAAAUAAUUUAAACCAAACAACAGACAUUUUAUCACUUACAUCUGAUAUACUAGGGAAUAUAGCCCUAAUAGAAUGGCCAAAUACAUGGAACGACUUCAUUUCGAAACUUAGAGAUUUUGAAAUUUCUCCAGAUGAAGUUCAUCGUAUUAGAUUUGCCAUGUACGAACUUAAAACACUUUCUAUUGCACUUUAUAAUCGUUCUCAUGACGAAAACUACAGAAAUUUUAUUACUAUUCAACAAAUUGCCGAAAUAAACGCCAACAGUAAGAUAUAUGAAGAUUACCUUAUAUUCAUACUUAGACAGCAACUUAAUGAAGACACAUUUGAAAUUUUCGUUGAAACUUUCGAUUUUAUUUCAAAAAUUUGCAAAAUUACAGAUAUUCCAAUUGAUAUCGACUCUCUUACAGACUAUCUCAGUCAGAACUAUCAAUAUUUACUUGGUCCUCUCACCAGAUGCUUAUUAUCUUUGUUAAUUUACAAUACAAAUCCAAGUUCAAAAGAUAUAGAGCUAUUUCAUUCGAUUUGCCAGUAUUUACCAGAUAACAACAGUGAACCACAAGAUCUUCUUCAAGACAGAAACUUUUAUGAGAUAUAUACAAAUUUAAUUCCACUUUUUUUCUCAAGAAUCACUGAUUUUCAGACCUCCUUUUAUGAUUUCAAAGCAACAUUAACAUUUGUUAUCCAGAAGAUGUCUACUUUGUUUUCCUUCGUUUCUCAAGCCUUUUUAGAAGACAAUUCUUUACAAGAAAUUUAUUUAGUUUUUCUGAAAUUCUUUGACAGAUUAAUAAUGAAUGUAAUUAUUAAAUUAGGCAAUACAGAGAAACCCACUAUCUAUGAGAUCAUUCAUGAUUUAAUUCCAAGUCUCAUUGACUCUGUUUCUCAUGGAGUUUCUUCUCCUUUUAGCAUUGACGAAGAAAAAAACAUUUCUUUCGCAUCAGAUGACAAAAAUUCUUUGUUUUGUCAACACGAGAAUAUUAUUAGUAAUUUGUUUAGAUUGGCUGAUGAACUUGUUGUUGAUUUCGUUAGACAUUUGUAUGUAGAAAUAACAGAAGGGGAAAAAUCUCCGGAAGAAAACAUCAAAACUUUGAUUUCUUUAAUUUCUAUUUGUUCAAUUUUAGGAAAAAAUGACAAGGCAAAUUUAUUAAAAUCUGUGAAUCAAAUUAUAGAUAAUACUAUGGAUUUAUUCCUUUCUCUUUUAGAUAGUGAAGAUCCUCAGAUUUGUGCUUUAAGUGGUUUUUACUUCUCCCAAAUUUUUGACCGUUUAAGAGAUGCACAUUACAGGCAUUUAUUACGUGGCAUAAUUUUUAAAUUUUUUGAAUGGUUCAACAGAGAAGAUGAAAUAUUAAAUGCUGUUGCAGCGGAAUGCCUUAAUAAGAUUUGUUAUUUCCUGCCAUAUGUGAAAUCAAUAUCAACUACUUAUCCGAUAUUUGCUAAUACUAUUAAAAUUGAAGAAAAGCCUGAUGAACCAAUCCCUCCAAUUCUUCCUGAUUUACCUGAAAAAUUUUUCGAAAUUUGGGAUAAAAAUUUACAAAAUUGUCACUUUUCUUUAGUCAAAUUUGCAUGUUCUAUUUAUUUGAUGAUGACAUCUCAAGUAAGCUCAAAUAGAUCUUAUGGUGUUGAAAUGGACACUCCAGAAUAUUAUGAAGAAAUAAAACAAACAAAAGAAAAUUUGUUUGGAAGAAUUUAUUCAAAUAUUCAAACAAAUAUAAUUGAUUCUUUUAACCAAUUAAAUUACGAGAAUCCAGAAACAAUGCAGUCUUUCAUUCAUGCAUGCGAUAUAUUCCUUUGUUAUGAAGUUCUUGUUAAUCCAAAAUCAGAAGUUGAAGACAUAAGAGAAGAUGACAGCAAAAUGAUUCAAAUUUUGAAACAAACUUUUGAAAAAUAUGAUGAUAGAUUUCCAAUUGAUACUCUUAACCCAUUGGUUAAAUAUUUGUUUGAAUUCAUUAUUCCUUCUAUUUCUACUUUGUUCCAAACUUUUUCUUCGUAUUUACAACAAGAACAAAAAGAUGAAAAUAUGGUGUCACUUUUUAAGAAAAUGAUUGAAAAAAGUAUCAGAGUUUUAGACCUGAUUUUGAAGACAUUCGAACCAAGAACUACAAUGGAACAUCUUGGAAAUGAUUUCCUGCCAAAUAUAUUCAACAUUUUCGCAGAAGUUAAUCCACAAUGUUUUGUUCCUUUUGUUUUUACUUUUCUAAGAAAUAUUGUUUAUUACGCGAAAUACACAAACCAAGAAAUAUGGAAUGUUAAUGAAAAUAGUGAAUCCAUGUAUUUCAAUAUCAUUAACUUCGCAAUUACUCAAAAUGUGGAUAUUUCUUGCCGUCCGGAAAUUAUUUAUUUCUUGAGAUUUGUUGUUAAUUAUAAUAAUCACAUUGGAGAAAUUAUUAAUAUUCAUCCUGAGUUGUUUAAGAACAUGGUGGAGUAUGCUUUCCAUUUCAUGGAAAGUGAGGAUGUUCAAACAUCAAUUGCCGCUCAUAAAUUGUUAUUCAUGAUCUUACUAUCUAUUUGUAAUUACGGAGCUAAUGAUAGAGAAAAAGUUUUCCGAGAAGCAAUGGAUCCUGAGGAUGAAAACUCAAUAUAUUUUGUACACCAUUGGUUCCUUGAAAUAAUGAGAAUAUCAAUAACAGGACAGGCAAGAUUCAUUUAUGACUAUUACUACAAGAUAAUCAGCAUUGGUAAUUUCCAAGCUGAAUUGAAGAAUUAUCAAGAUUUCUUUGUUAGAGUUUUGACUGAAAAACAUAUAAUACCUGAUUUUGAGGUUCCUGAAUUAGUUGAUAGGCUUCUUUCUAGUUCCAUUACACAGAGUACUGUCGCUGAUUUCAUCGUGCGCUUCUCAGGAUUGAACAGACAUGACCCUGAAUUUGAUAAAAAUAAUAUACAAUUAAUGAGUUCUCUAAAGGUUUCUGCUGAUUUUGUUCAGGAAAAAAAGAUUCCAAAAUAUACAAAUGAAAAUACAGAACAACAAGCAGAACCAGAACAGGACCAACAGCAAAACAAUGAAGCAAAUGAUGAUUCACAAUUUCCAUUUUUCCUUGAAUAA